UUCGUGGAUAUGGCCACCCAGCUGCUCCAUCCAUCCCAUCCGCAAACCACGUGACCCAGUUCUCCCAUGUCCUUCAGUAGUUCAUUCAGCAUGAUGGCUGCGGAUGCUGCGGAUGCUCUCUGCUGCAUCUUGCAUCCGCGCCGGUUCUCUCUCCUCUUUCUCACCGUCACACUCUCCUCUCUGCCGGCCCCGACAGCAGCGCUGCUCGGCGUCCGGCCAGAAGACACCCAGAGCGGAGAGCUGUCCGUGCAGGAUGGGAUACUGAGGGCGACCGAGGGGACCCGCUUCAUGCUGAGAGUUUACUACUCCGCAUCUCCAGCUACAGAGCAUCCCAACAGCCUGAACAUCAGCGGCAGACCUGACGCCGCUCCGUGGAUCGCGUUUAUAGAGGAACCAGGUGAGGACAGCGGGGAGGCGGAGAGGCGGCUCCGGUCCACAGGGAAUCUGUGUGAAGAGGAAAAUGCCCGGAGCUCUGACAUCGAGCUGCUGGGCUCUUUCAGAUCCACCUCAAGUCAGAACUCAGUUUUGGUGGAGCUGCUCGCAAAAGACCUGCGCAGAGGCGAGGUGAUCAAAUACUACUCCAUGUGCGCGUUCGAUGGAGUAAAAUGGGAGCAUUUUAGCACCAAAGACUUCUGGUUGGCGGUGGUGGAGAGACCUCCAGAGGCAGAUGUUUGGCUCCAGGCGGGUGUCUCGGUGCUCUUGUUGGGGCUGUCCGCGCUCUGCAGCGGUCUGAACAUCAGCAUGCUGGCUCUGGACCCCGUGGAGCUGCGGGUCCUGCAGAACAGUGGCACAGAGAAGGAGCAGAAAUACGCACGGAAAAUAGAGUCAGUGCGUAAACAUGGAAACUACAUCCUUUGCACUGUGGUGCUGGGGAAUGUGCUUACAAAUACCUGCUUUGUGGUGUGGAUGUGCCAGAUUUUAGGCAUGACUGCUCUCUCAACUGCCUCGUGUACUUUGGGGAUAUUCUUUAUUGGCGAGAUUUUACCUCAUUCCGUGGCGUCCAGGCACAGUUUAGCCAUCGCUUCAAAGACCCUCUGCGCGACCCGCCUGCUGAUGCUGGUGUUUUUCCCCAUCGCCUACCCAGUCUCCAAGAUUCUGGACAUAAUGCUGCACCAAGAGAUCAGCAACUUUUACACCAGGGAGAAGUUGGUGGCCAUGCUUCGCGUCACCGACCCGUACCACGACCUGGUCAAAGAGGAGCUCAACAUCAUCCAGGGAGCCCUGGAGCUGAGGACCAAGACCGUAGAGGACGUGCUGACCCCGCUGUCAGACUGCUACAUGCUGUCCUCAGACGCUGUGCUGGAUUUCUGCACCAUGUCCGACGUGAUGCAGAGCGGUUUCACCCGGAUCCCGGUGUACGAGAACGAGAGAUCCAAUAUUGUGGACAUCCUGUUUGUCAAAGACUUGGCCUUCGUGGAUCCUGACGAUUGCACUCCUCUGAAAACAAUUACUCAGUUUUACAAGCAUCCCAUGCACUGCGUGUUCAAUGACACCAAGCUGGAUGUGAUGCUGGAAGAAUUUAAGAGAGGUAAGUCCCACCUGGCUGUGGUGCAGAGGGUGAACAGCGAAGGGGAGGGAGACCCCUUCUAUGAAGUGAUGGGCAUCGUCACCCUGGAGGAUGUCAUAGAAGAAAUCAUCAAGUCUGAGAUUGUGGAUGAGACAGACCUGUAUACUGAUAAUCGGAACAAAAGGCGAGUAUCCAACCAUGAGAGGAAACAGCAGGAUUUCUCUAUCUUCAAACUGUCUGAAAAUGAGCUGAAGGUGAAGAUCUCACCCCAGCUUUUGCUCGCAACACACCGCUUCUUGGCUACAGAGGUGGAGCCUUUCAGGCCCUGUCACCUGUCGGAGAAGAUCUUGCUGCGUCUCAUCAAACAUCCCAGCGUUGUGCAGGAGCUCAAGUUCAACCCCAAGAACAAACACGCUCCUCAACACUACCUCUUCCAGAGAAACAAACCUGUCGACUACUUUGUCCUCAUUCUGCAGGGACGGGUGGAGGUAGAGAUCGGAAAGGAGGCUCUCCGCUUUGAAAAUGGAGCGUUUUCCUAUUAUGGCAUGCCAGCACUCAUCCCGCCACUGCCUAUUGGUCCGAGGUAUAGUUCCCGUAGCAGCGGUCUGAACCAAUCAGAUUUAUUACUGAGUGGAGGCAGUGUGGGUCAGCUCACUACAGGAGGAGGGGUCUACUUACCCGACUACUCAGUCCGACAGCUCACGGACCUGCAGAUUAUCAAGAUCACCAGGAACCACUACCAGAACGCCCUCACGGCCACAAGAAUGGACAGCUCCCCACAGACACCAGACCCAGUGGAUCCUGAUGCUAAAGGGAGGCCUCCAGUCCCAGAGGCCCGCUCACACAGCAUCGCCCUCCCCCUCACACACACACACACUCGACUGGGGCUGGCACGCCUUGCACAUCUCCAUCCCCACGGUGGCCUUCGCAACACCUCGCAGCUCAAUGAAAGAAACCGCAUCGUUCGCAGUAAAUCUGAUGGGCAGAGGAGUCCCAACGAUACUGUGUUCCUCCGUAUGGAUGAGAUUCCCUACAUCCAUGAGGACCGACCGGAAAAUCAUGGAGAGGAUGAUGUGCCUACAGAGUCUCAGCCAUCCACCUCUCCCUUCAUCAGCUCUCUGUCUCUGUCCAGCUCUGAUGAGAACAUUGGAAAGAAGCUAUUGCGUAAAUUGAGUAACAAGAGGAGGAAAAAGUCUCGGGAUGGAGACAAAAGUUUGGAGGAAGGUUCAGAGCAGCUGCCAGUGAUGAGCUAGCACAGUGACACAGAGGAAGAGGGGUGAAGCGCACACCUUCUUCCUCUUUAUCGUUCACUGGUUUUCCUAACUAAACACAACCAUCCCUUCACAGAAUCUCUCACAGGAGACUGAGCCAUCUUAUCUGUUGUAGCCACCAGUAAUACUCAGGUCCCCACUGGCACAAUGUCCCACCUCUGCCUGACUUCACACCCUUAAAGUGGGACGGAUCUGUAGAAAAACAAAAACUCAUUGGACAAAUCUAAACAAUAUAGUAUUGGAUUUAUCCAGCCUUACACUGGACUGUAUUGAUCUCAGCAGGUUUUGUAGUAAACAGGGCAAAGCUUGUCCACCCUUUUAUAGUAGCUCUAUCCAUAAUGUUAACAUUUAAUCAUGUCAUUUAAGCCAUAAUGUGAACUAAAACAGCAGCAUAGCUUCUAAUUUAAUAACAGACUCUGCCUGCACUUCAUAUGGAACUUACAAAAUCUCUCAACAAGGUCCUUAGAUAAUAUCUGAGCCAGCUUUUACUUGAUCAAACAAAUAGUAUUUAUUAUUUAUUUGUUAUUAUGAGGCAGUUCCGACAUACUGAAAAUGUUGUUUGCACAGGGAACUGUCCUAAUGUUGCCAUAAGGGUGCCGCCUACUGCCAACACAACAUGACACACUAGCCCUUGGCUAAGAAGAAAAGGCCACCAGACAAGAGCACAACUUUUACACCGGAUUAAAAGAACACGUUUAUGAAAAAGCCAUAAAUUAAUUCUCAGCUUGAAUGACUACUUAUUGUACACACUGACCUCUCAGCAAGUCUAGAGGGGUAUGCACGAUUUUGAAAAUACCCAUACUAGAAAAUAACAAUUUCUUACCUGAUUUUUAUAUAAAAGUGUCUGAAUUACUAAAAGUGAUUUAAAGAUAGCAAUAUAAGUCAUCUUACAAACUGUAAAUGGCUUGAAUUUAUCACCACACAACCCCACACCUGCAUACAUUCAGUAAACACAUCCUUCCUACAUGAAUGCAUGUGUCUUUCAUACAGUCAGUUUGGUAUGUCUCUUUCCAUUAGAACAUCCCCUUCUCUCUGCAUAUGUAGCCGUAUGGACACAGUUUUAGUGUUUCUCUCGAACACUCUCACUUAUCCACCUUUUCUCUUGAUAUUACCACCUUUAAAAAAAAAUCAUCAAACCCUUGUUUGAUUGCAUUCACUAGAAGACGUAGGAGCGAUCAACUUCAUACCAUUAGCUACCAUAUUAGCCACUUUUCUAUGUACGGUUCAUCUCUCACAAGGUCGGUCACUAAGCUGCAUACACCAUUUAAAAAUAAGCUAGGGGUUGGGGGGGGGGGGGAAAUCUUUGGGUCUCUGAAUCCAAAUUAGGAGUAUUAUUGACAAGGAGUAGUUGCUACCUGCAUGUUUGUUUAUGCUGCUUUUGCUGUAGAAUUAUCCUCUGUAGAAAGAAGCCCUGUGUUUCCAUAUGCAUGCUUAAGUAGAGUGAUGCAUGAAUAGGAUGAUACCAGUCUGCAGUAACUUCUCCCCACAGAGGUGCAGUGUGCGACUUACUGAGCUCUAAAGUGAGUGUAGAUUAUAAAAUGAACCAGCCAUCUGAAGUGUUGACUGCUAAAGCUGGGUGAAAAGUGAUAGGUACGAUAAAUACUGCAGGAUAACAAAGAAACACAAAACAACAAGCCUGCGAUUUUCAUUAAAGGCCAUUUUUAUGUUUUAACUGUUGCUAUUAAGACACAAGGCGACAAAAAAAAAAAACGUCCAAGUGUAUCUACUGAAGAGGGAGGAGGAGGAGGAGGCCAUAGAAUGCUGCUCGCCGAAGGAAACGUUUAAGCCAUUGUUCUAGAAAUCAGCUAUUUACUGCAAUAAUGAAAUGAUUUGAUCCUUUUUAGUGGCAGCUGCAGCUCAGGAUGGACUAAGCUGAUCUGCAUUGUGAAAUCUGGGCAGGUACACUGCUCAACAGAACAGAGAGAGAUAGAGAUAUGAUAGAGGAAAGCAAUAUGACGCACGCUGACGUCAAGCCACCACCUCCCUUCAAACACACACAGACACACACAGGUGGUGUUUGGGGACACUCAGUGAUAUAAUUCAUUCUGCUUGGUAAGGCUAUGGAAGUACAAAGGAUACUGCCCUGCUAAGCUAUUCACAUUGACCCCUCUAUGUACACAGAACAUGCAGCAGGAAGUCUUUUGAUCUGACAACCAACUCAGACAAGAGGACUGGGUGUGAAGCUCUCAGCUGAGAGAUUUUGCAGUUAACACCGAUUUAUAUUUGUAAGGCUUGGUUUAUUGUUUGUUUCGGGACUAAAAGGUACAUUUUGUAUUGUAAAAUUCAGAUGAUUAUAUAAGUUACCCAAAGAUCAAGAGACAGGCCAUAUGAUCUACACAAAGGAUAAUUAAAUUACUGAAAUAUUA